AUGGACCCAGCCCUCAUGGGCUUCCUUCAGCACUGCUGUUGCCAGCUGCCUAAGAUGGGUGACACCUGGGCGCAGCUUCCCUGGCCUGGGCCCUUCCACCCAGCCAUGCUGUUGGUCUCCCUCCUUUUGGCAGCUGGUGUCAUGCACUUGGACGCAGGUACCAGUUGCCCAGUCCUUUGUACCUGCCACAACCAGGUGGUGGACUGCAGCAGCCAGAGGUUAUUCUCUGUGCCCCCAGACCUGCCGAGGGACACCCGCAACCUCAGCCUGGCCCACAACCGCAUCACGGCUGUUCCGCCAGGCUACCUCACAUGCUACAUCCAGCUGCAAGUGCUGGAUUUGCGCAACAAUUCCUUGGUGGAGCUGCCCCCAGGUCUCUUCCUGCAUGCCAAGCGUUUGGUACACCUGGAUCUGAGCUACAACAACCUGAGCCACGUGCCGGCAGACAUGUUCCAGGAGGCCCACGGGCUCGUGCACAUCGACCUGAGUCAUAACCCGUGGCUUCGCAGAGUCCACCCCCAGGCCUUCCAGGGCCUCGUGCAGCUCCGGGAUCUGGAUCUCAGCUACGGAGGCCUGGCCUUCCUCAGCCUCGAGGCCUUGGAGGGUCUGCCCGGACUGGUGACGCUGCAGAUUGGGGGCAAUCCCUGGGUCUGUGGCUGCACCAUGGAGCCGCUGCUAAAAUGGCUGCGAAACCGAAUCCAGCGCUGUACAGCGGAUUCUCAGCUGGCUGAGUGUCGGGGGCCCCCCGAAGUGGAGGGUGCCCCUCUGUUCUCACUCACAGAGGAGAGCUUCAAGGCCUGCCACCUGACUCUCACCCUGGAUGAUUACCUCUUCAUUGCCUUUGUGGGCUUUGUGGUCUCCAUUGCUUCUGUGGCUACCAACUUCCUCCUGGGCAUCACCGCCAACUGCUGCCAUCGUUGGAGCAAGGCUAGCGAAGAGGAAGAGAUUUGACAUCAGUGCCUC